GGCGGGGAGAGGAGAGAAGCAAGGGAGGAAGAGAGAAUGGAGGAGCUGGGCAGAGAAUUGAGGAAUUUGAAGUGGGAAAUGACAAGGAGACUGAGGGAAGUCGGAGAGAGACUGAGAGGAUUGGAAGAGAGGUUAGAGGCGUUGGAAGGAGAAGGCAUGAGAAGGGAAGAAGAGGUAGCAGGUGAGAGGGAAGAGCUGAGGAGUAUGAGGGAAGAGAGAGGAAGAGGCAGCAGAGAAGAGGAAGCGCAGAGGGACGACGACGAGGAGGGAGAGAUGGAGAAGAGGAGGAUCGGACGGGACGACGGGAGAGAAGGAAGAAGUGGGAAAAGGGAACAGGUGGUUGGAGAGAAGAGGGAGGAGAGGAUGGGGGAAGGCGAGAACAAGAGGAGAAGAGAACGGAGGGAAGAGGAGAAGAAGGGGCGGAAGGACGGAGUCGAGGAGAGCUGGUGGCAGGAGACGAGAGGAGAGGAGGAGAAGGAGAGGAGAGGGGGCGAGGAGAGAGACGAGGAUGAAGGAAGAGGACAAGAGAGGAGCUGGUGGAGUUAAUUGAAAUCUUAUGUUUUUUGUUUUAUGUUACUAGGAGGUGACAGAGGAGAAAUGGAAAGAGACGUGGAAGGGGAAGAGAGUGGUGAGAAAGAGACAGGAGAAGCAGGAG